AUGUUACAAUGUUCCUCGAAAACGUCCGGUUUCGAUCUCAUCGAUUAUGGCUGUUUCUGUGGUAUAGGUGGUAAAGGAUCUCACCCUGUGGAUAAUAUAGAUAGAUGUUGUCAGCAGCACGAUCAAUGCUAUGGGCGAGCGCAUUCAAUAUGUAAAGCCCAUGGGACUACAUCCUAUUUGGCGAGUUAUAAUUGGCAGUGUAUUGCCAAAAAAGCGAUCUGUUACGAUAAUCACUCUCAUACAUGUUCCCACAUUGUCUGUAGGUGCGAUGCCAAAUUCAGUGCAUGUAUUCAAAAAUAUAUUCGGGAAUACAGAAUCAAGUAUCUCGGUUACGACAGAACUCAUUGUUAUUAA